AUGAAGUGGCUGAUCAACUGGCGUGAUUGGGAUCCCGAAACGGGACCAGCCGUCACGGGGGAGCGGGGCUGGGGAGGAGGAGGGGGGGAGCUUGGCUGCCAGCCUUGGGAAACUGCUACACACUUGACUUUAUUAUCUUCCUCUGUAGAACCACAUCCACAAGCGGAGAGGAUCAAUUCCAAAUCAUUUAGGGCACACACUAGUAAGUACUUUAGCAACUGCGGGCUGGAAGUGAUCCAAUUCUCCAUAGGGAUGAUGGCAGUCCGGAAAAGACCCCAACCAAUGGAGGGAGCAAAAGGGGACGGGAUUGAGAAAGUGACUGACGAUACCAAGCAAUACCGGGCGUCAACCCCGACCCAGAGCCCUGGCACCAAGCUAGACUUCAGCUAG